AACAAAGACUUACGUCACUACCUGAGUCUGCAGUUCCAGAAAGGCUCAAUAGACCAUAAACUCCAACAAGUGAUCAGAGACAAUCUUUACCUGAGAACCAUCCCAUGCACUACACGGGCUCCCAGGGAUGGGGAGGUCCCAGGGGUGGACUACAAUUUCAUUCCUGUUGAACAGUUUAAAGCAUUGGAAGAAAGUGGAGCCUUGCUAGAAAGUGGAACCUAUGAUGGUAAUUUCUAUGGUACCCCAAAGCCUCCAGCAGAACCCAGUCCCUUUCAGCCAGACCCAGUGGAUCAAGUUCUUUUUGACAAUGACUUUGAUGCAGAGUCCCAGAGGAAAAGAACCACAUCAGUCAGCAAGAUGCAAAGAAUGGAUAGCUCUCUCCCAGAGGAGGAAGAUGAGGAAGAGAAGGAAACAGUUAAUGGCAGUGGAGGUCCAGAAAACAAAGAGAGACAUUCAGAUUCUUCCGACUGGAUGAAGCCUGUUCCUAGUUACAACCAGACAAGCAGCUCCAUGGAUUUCAGAAAUUACUUGUCAAGGGAUGAGAGCCUAGAGCCUCUACCCAAGAACUGGGAGAUGGCCUACACAGACACAGGCAUGGUGUACUUCAUAGAUCACAACACAAAGACAACCACUUGGCUUGAUCCUCGGCUCUGUAAGAAAGCCAAAGCUCCUGAAGACUGUGAGGAUGGAGAACUUCCUUAUGGCUGGGAGAAAAUAGAGGACCCUCAGUAUGGAACAUACUACGUUGAUCAUAUUAACCAGAAAACCCAGUUUGAAAAUCCAGUAUUGGAAGCCAAGAGAAAAAAACAGCUAGGACAGACUGAUGUUGGCCCUUCAAAAGCAGAACCAGAGAAGUCACUCUUCACCAGAGAUCCAGCCCAACUCUCAGGAGCCCUCCUACGGACAUCGCUGAAGAAAAGCACUAUGGGAUUUGGCUUCACAAUCAUUGGUGGAGACAGACCUGAUGAGUUCCUCCAGGUGAAGAAUGUGCUGAAAGAUGGACCUGCUGCGCAGGAUGGGAAAAUUGCACCAGGUGACGUCAUUGUAGACAUAAAUGGCAGCUGUGUCCUGGGCCAGACCCAUGCAGAUGUUGUUCAGAUGUUUCAGCUAGUUCCUGUCAACCAAUAUGUGAAUAUGACGUUGUGUCGUGGUUACCCCCUUCCUGACGACAACGAAGACCCCGUGGUAGACAUCCUUACAGCUGCACCCAUCAUCAAUGGCCAGCAAGUGUCCAAGGGAGAUGUCUGUGUAACCAGCCAAGAUUUAAUACCUGGAACAGUCAUUUUAGACCAGAAUGGGAAACCUGGUCACAUUCUGGUCAAUGGUCGCUUGAACAGUCCUUCCAUGGACCCAACUGAACAGAGGAUCUCAGUGUCUUCUCCAGUAGGCUCCCAGCCAGAACUCAUCACUAUUCCUCUGGUCAAGGGCCCUAAAGGGUUUGGGUUUGCAAUCGCAGACAGCCCUACAGGGCAGAAGGUGAAGAUGAUUUUAGACAGCCAGUGGUGCCACGGCCUUCAGAAGGGGGAUGUAAUCCAAGAGAUUUAUCAUCAGAAUGUACAGAACUUGACGCAUCUGCAGGUGGUGGAGGUGCUGAAGCAGUUUCCAGUGGGAGCAGAGGUCCCAUUGCUUAUCGUAAGGGGAGGUUCCUCCUCACCUGCUAAAACUUCCAAAGUGAAAACGGAUAAGCAGGAAAAUUCAGGAAGCAUAGAGGCUAUCAGUGAUUCCAUUCCGCAGCCUAUGCCAUUCCCACCUGCUGCUGUGAGGUCAGGCUCUCCAAAACUAGACCCUUCAGAAGUCUAUCUAAAGUCUAAGACAAUAUUUGAAGACAAGCCUCCAAACACAAAGGACUUGGAUGUUUUCUUGCGAAAACAGGAGUCUGGGUUUGGCUUCCGUGUACUCGGAGGGGAUGGACCAGACCAGUCAAUAUACAUUGGGGCCAUCAUCCCACUGGGGGCUGCAGAGAAAGACGGCCGACUCCGAGCUGCUGAUGAGCUGGUGUGCAUUGAUGGAAUCCCGGUCAAAGGGAAAUCACACAAACAAGUGCUGGACUUAAUGACCAGUGCUGCACGGAAUGGCCAGGUGCUACUCACUGUCCGGAGAAAGAUCAUCUUUAGCGUGGAGAAGCAGCCGGCAGAGGAGGAGUCGCAUCUGCCCAUUUCCUCUCAAAAUGGAUCUCCCCGGCUGAACCGGGGAGAGGUCUCAAUCAGACCGUCCCCAGAGGCCUAUGAUGUCCUGCUGCAGCGGAAAGAGAAUGAAGGAUUUGGCUUUGUCAUCCUCACCUCAAAAAACAAACCUCCUCCGGGUGUGAUUCCUCACAAGAUUGGGCGUGUGAUUGAAGGAAGCCCAGCUGAUCAGUGUGGGAAGCUGAAAGUGGGAGAUCGUAUCUCAGCUGUGAACGGACAGUCAAUCAUAGAGCUCUCCCAUGACAGCAUAGUGCAGCUGAUUAAAGAUGCAGGCCACGCGGUCACCCUGACUGUCGUUGCUGAGGAAGAGCACCGCGGCCCCCCUUCAGGAACAAACUCUGCCAGACAAAGUCCGGCCCCACAGCACAGACCCAUAGGAACAGCAGCAGCAGACAGGGGAGUUAUAGAAGAUGAAGCUGGAAGAGAACUUUCCAACAGUUAUAGGCUUCCCUGGCCUGAGCAUAAGUACUUGUCCCAGCCCGAUGGCAGUGUUCUCUCAGUUGUAGGCAGCCGUCAUUCUCAGAGUCUUGGCUGUUAUCCAGUGGAACUGGAAAGAGGCCCUCGAGGUUUUGGAUUCAGUCUUCGCGGCGGAAAGGAGUACAACAUGGGUUUAUUCAUCCUUCGACUAGCUGAGGAUGGGCCUGCCAUUAAGGAUGGAAGAAUUCAUGUUGGUGACCAGAUUGUUGAAAUCAAUGGUGAACCCACGCAAGGUAUCACUCACACACGAGCUAUUGAGCUGAUUCAAGCAGGUGGAAAUAAAGUUCUUCUUCUUCUAAGACCAGGGACUGGCUUGAUACCAGACCACAGUCUGGCUCCUUCCAGUUUGUGCUCCUACAUGAAACCUGAGCAACAUUAAGACUUUCAGUGCUUUUCUUGGUCUUUCCUUAAAGACUUGGUAAAUCUGCAUGUCUUGUGAUUCAUUUUUUUCUUUUUAAGAACAAUGCUAUAAACCUCACCUUCUCCCUAUUUUAAUUUUUUUCUUUUGGCAUUCAUUGCAAUACUGUAGGUUAGGUAUUUUUAAUUUGUGAUUCUGCUGCGUGAGGCCUAAAGCUAUGAUGAACCUCCAUGUUCAGUUAACGCAAAUCUAACAAGCCCUUACCAGCCUCAAAGAUCUUACGAACAUUCCAACCUUGUAUUUUUCCAAAAAUGAUGUUCCAUUAGCCAUAACUUAAAUUUUCAGCUCCUCAAAAUUGUUUUGUUUAGUGUAUUGUGUGUGUUGUAUUUUGUUGUUUAAAAAAAAAAACCUGACAUGUAAAAAGCUAGAGUGUUUAGAUCAUUUUGGAUGUUCAUUACUAUUAAACAAUUUAGAUAAGUGUGAAUAUUGGUUAAAUAUUUGUGACAAAUUACUCUGCUCCAU